AUGAAUGAACGUAAGAAAUUAUGCCGCCCUAGCAGUGACAAUGAUCUGAGUAGAGAACCUUUCAAGGCAACAAAAAUUUGGAACGAACUCAUCGAACAUCUGCGAACGAGCGUCGAACAGCGUCGAAGAAGGUGGAAGUUUCAGUACUACGAAAAUUGUUUUCGUGGUGGUGAUGUGGUUGAAGUUCUCCACACUUACGUCCAAAGCAAUCCUGAUUUGUCUAAGGAUGCUACUCGCAGCCAAGUGCGUUCUCUCUGUCAGAUUCUGCUGGAGAAAAAGGUCAUCGAGUGUGUAACUUCAGAUGGCGGCAGCGGCAAAUCAAAGAGAGACAGCUUUGAGGAUGGAAACAAGUUGUACAGAUUUUCGUCCGGUCCAUUUGAGCAUGUUACUUCUUCUCCUUCUCAGGCUGAGAGGAAGAUAAAUAGAAGAAGAAGUUUGCUAGGAAGAAGCGACAAAAGAAUAACGAGGAGGAUGUCGUUAAAUUUUACUCCCAGGGCGCAAAAGAGAUUAGCUGAUAUUUUGUUAAUGCCAUCAUCCACUUUGCAGUCUCCUGAAGUUCAUUGUUCGAGUUCGCUAGAAGUACCGAAGAAGCGAAGAAGACUCAGUUUGGACGCUGGGCUUGGUAUAAGGUAUCAAAGCAAGGACCGGCUAAAAUUUAUGUUUAUAUUUUUUUUGUCAUAGCAUUUAUAUUCUGAUUUUUGCAUAAAUGCUAAAAUCAUCAGACAUUUACAUGUUUUUAUAUAUAAUAAACUUCUACGCUCAGGCUGCAUUUUCAACACUCUGAAGGCUCGGAAAAUCUGAAAAUUUUGAGCAAUAGUACGUUUUUUAGAUGAACAGAGAAGAAAAAGACGAACAGAAAUGGUUGUUUAACACGUGUUCACAAAAUCAAACUGGUCAAGUUGCAGACUGAAAGGCAAGAUCCCUUUCAGCAUACAUGUAUUUCACCAUAAAAUAGUUUAUCUAUUUAUUCAUCUAUUUAUUCAUAACGGCGUAAAGUCAAUUACUGCACCGUACCAUGCCAUUCGGGUCUACGUCCUGUUCCUUCUGUUUUCAAACAACAGUGUAGGUUAUUUUGCCGCCCGCAUUCAAUUUUGCAUUCCCCUUUGAAUUGAUAGGGAAGGGUGCAGGAGACUGAAAGACCCACUGCUUACCAUCACCACCCAAUAAAUAGCUGAUACAAGGUCAAAAUAGUAGACAGCAUUGUCAUGAGAAAAAAAAACAUUCGUGUGACUAAAUUGUUCUAAAAAACAAGGCUGAAUAAAAAUUAGAUAAACAGUAAUUAUCAUCCAUGAGAGAAGAAGUAUUUAAAACAGAGAGGAGGGGUUUCAUGAAUUUUUGUGUAUGAUGUAGGAUGAUCCAGUGCAUCACCUGAAAUUGCAUCAUCUCUUUUAAAAACAGAAAGAACAAGCUGGCUCUUCAGUCUGAUACAACGUCUCAUCACAGUAAUGACAGUGAGAUUUGGUUUGAAGUUGCAUUAUCUGAACUCCUACAGCUCACAGAUGUUCCAUUUCUGGAGGAUAUACUGACCCCACCAUUGACACAUGAUGGCCUGGGAGUGAUAGUCAUAUCAAAUAAUAUUCCAGGAUCAUGUGUUGAAAAUUUGCAGAUGAAACAGAAUGCUGAUAAAGAAAAUAACAGUUCAGAAUCAUGCAAUGUUUGGGUAACACCAGGGAUGGAAUGCAUUCAUUUGCAGAGAGAACACCCAUUGCCACAGCGUGCCGACACAGGCUUUUUAAACACAGUAAAUAUCAAAGAGAUGGAGAUCCAGCAGAUCCUUGCAGAGUAUUACGGAUCACUUCUUGAUUCACUCAUUCCCUCAAACUUUGCAGACUUAGUUGAUGGCAUAAUUUCUGCACUGGCUAACGACUGCUCCAAAGUUGUUACAUUUCUGCCACUUUUGGCACUGAUGCUACCAACAAGCCAGCAAGAACACCUCAAAAAGUUGUUAAACUUCAUAGGGAGGUCUGUGGACACAAAGAGUGGACGAUUUAUAGUCAAGAAGUUCAUGGGAGCUAUCUUACCAAAGACCAUUCAAAAUAAGGUACAUAAUCUUUUCUUUUAUUCUGUAGUUGUGGGUGAAAAAAGUCAAAAUGCAGCUGAGUACCAAUUACAUGUGUAAGACAAGCAUUUAACAACAGCGCAGACAAAGUCAUGCACAGAAUAGCCUAAUAGCCAGCACUGUCUUGUGUGUGUUCUCGUCAUCUACCCCGAUACAUGCAACACAGCAAUGCAAAUGGAAUCACAAGAACAAAGUCAUAUCAUCUUCAUUUCCAUGUAGUGCCUCUGUGGUUUAGCCUCCUCACGUACAUAUUCACUGAACAAUUCACUAUACUGAAGAAAUGUCGUGGGAAAUUUGAAUGCUUGAUCUACAAAAUGUUUUUUAUCCAGGAAAAGAAACCCAAACUGAACACUCAAUCAGACUCAAUAAAAGCGAAACUAUUUAGUACCUAAUUAACACUCACUACAUUCCACAUUGUAGUUUUUAAUCACGUGCAACGAGACUUCUCACGCAUUCUUAAUAUAUAAAGAACUUUUAACAAUCUAAUUUUUUAGAAUUUGAAAAUGAUGAGCGAAUCAUCGAAAUGUCAUUCAAAAUUUUUAUCACGCAGAUUUCCUUUGAAAAUCUUCACAGCCAUUUUUGGGAGCAUUGCGUGACAUCCUAAAAAUGGCUGCAGAGGAGACUAAGUUAGAAAAGGCCACACCAUUUGUCCUUCCCCUCCAUACAAACAGUAAGAUUAUAGUCAGGUUCCAUGCUAACCACCCUAUUUUUGCCUGUGCUCUGGGAACCCAUUUACUGGCUGCUUUAUUGACUACUUACUACACAUUUUAACACAAUUGUUUUUCCAUUUCCAGGAUGCUGGCCAGCAACUAGUUUUGUCCAUGAUAAAACAUCAGAAACAGAUGUUUACAACACCUGCUCAUCUCAAGGACUAUUUCAAGAGAAAUAUGUCUUGCACUCAAAGGGGAAUGUGUCCACUCCUACAGUCAAAGAUUUGUCACCAGAUAUCAGCUUUGGAGUUCAAACACCAAAAGCAAUUUUCAACCAACCAAUCUUUGGGUGAACUAAUGACUUUCAUUAUUGACAAUUUGCAAAUGACGCUUAAAGAAAAGGAAGAAAGGCUGAAACUUUUCCAGAAACACCACUAUGAUAUUUUUAUACAACAGUUCCCCACUGGACAAUUGUAA